UAAUGGGUCCCAUUUUGAUACUGAUUAUGAUGGUGUUGGAGACACAUGGAGUCUGAUGAUAACCUGUCUUUGGAGUAAAGAAUGGGAUCCCUGGAGUGUACUUCCUCCUUGUGUCAUCACACAUUGUGUUGAACCUUUCAGAAUUCCUGGGGACUCUUACUUGGAGGAAGUAAGUUCGAAUUGGACUGCAAUUAACACAUACAAAGAAUACCAAUGUCAGGGAAAGAACUCAGAGGGAGAACAUACCAGAUAUUUUGAGUAUGAUCGAAAUAGAUCAUCAUUUAAAAUGCUUUGUUUGGACAACGGCAACUAUGAUUUUAAAAAUGAAAGAAAAAACUGGCCCACAUGCUUAAAAGAUAUCACUUGUAGUUUAAACCCACCCCCAGUGCCAACCUCUCCAGAAUAUGUAAUACCUGAUGAUGAUGGAAAAGUAUUCAUCACCAGAACCGAUUUUCCUGAUCAAAUUACAUCUAGUUAUUUUGUUAAUUCUUCAAGAAACUUGGCUUCUCUGCCCCACAACUUUAAUGCAACUUUAAGAUAUGAAUGUGGAGCUGCUAGACAGUUUAAGGACAAAGAUGGAAUUCAUCAAGUCAGCCAUAUAAUGACAUGCUUAUGGGAUAGGAACUGGACUAAUACUAAUGUAUUGAAUGAAUGUGAUUGGGUACAGUGUUUAAAACCAGCAACUCCACCAUCAUGGAGUAAUUUGAAAAUUUCUAAUUGGAAUGGGAAACCAUAUGAGUUUGACACUUAUGCUGUAUACAUCUGUAAAAGAGGAUACUAUUAUUUGAAAAAUGUAAACAUCAAAAGUUUUCAGUACAAAUGUGAAUCAGGUUUCAGAUUCUAAAUUUAAAAGAGGAUUUUUUUCUGCUCCCCAAGAACCUGAUUGGCCCAGAUGUGUGCGAGGUCCAAUCUGCCCUGCUGCACCAGAGAUACCUUAUGAGGCCAGAGUACAAUAUAUACCCCAAAUAUUUGAAGUUGAGAACAAACAAACAUGCUCUGUUGACGGAACUGUAAAAGAACUGAUUUGCCCAUCAUUUCUUUCAGUAUAUGUCAGACAAACAGUCUGUGGAAGAACACUUGAGGGUGCAAAGACAUUAUGUAAUGGAAACCAGAAUGUUGCUAGGCUUUUGGGUAACUGUCAACUAAAUAAGGGAACCCCCUCUAUUCAGAAGCACUGUAAUGGUAGGAUGAGCUGUUCAGUAAACAUAUCACAGAACAUCACAAACUGGAAUGAUAGUUGUGUGGAAAAUCACUUGAAUGAAAUGAAUAUUACAUAUACAUGUGUAACUUGCUUUGACUGGAGUAAACUGGUUGAUUCUGCUUAUUGUGUGAAAGAUAACUUGGUGAUGAAUGAAUGGUUCACUGCUGACUUUAUUGAGUCUCUUGACCCAUCAGAUGCCAAGACAGAACUUAUUGGUCAAUUAUACAAUGUUCUCAAUAAGACAUCUCACUCCAUACCAGAUCUUUCUUUGCGAAAGGUACAGUCUCCCAAUAAUGGUUUGUGUGGACUGGCCGCAUUGUAUAAAGCUUUAUAUGACACUAUCCUGACCAAGGCUGCUCUCAAGCAAAUGGGGUACAUGGAUAUGAGAUCUAAGAUUUCUGAAGAGAUAUCAAAUAUGGAAAAUGAGUUGUAUGCUAAUUUGUUGCUACUUGGUGAUACAGAGUUGCUUAAAAGAUAUUUUAAAGUGAUUUGCAACAGUCUGGAGAGGCCAAUUUAUUCUGUUGGCUACUUUACACCAAAUGUAACUGACACAGCAAUGCUGGAGUCUGAUGAACUUGAAAUGCAAUCUUUUGGUUCUACAUUAAGAUAUGAAUGUGGUUUAGGAAGGAGGUUUUUAAACCCAGAAACUAAAGCAACCUAUACUUCUAAAGAUUUGUAUUGUGAUUGGGAUGGAAGUUGGAUUCCUGAUGAACAAAUUGAUGAAUGUGUUUGGGUGCAGUGCAUAAAGCCACCAAAUGCACCAGCUAGUUCUUUAAUGGUCCAGAAUUAUAAUGGAACUCCAAUAGAAUUUGGGCACAGUGUUGAGUUUUAUUGUGCAUCUAGUGACCUCUACUAUGAGCAUGAUAGGGAUUUGCAAACAUGGAAACUUAAUUGCAUGCCUGGAGGAAUAUGGGAUGUUCCACAAGUAUGGCCAAGAUGUGUUAAAAGUGUGAAUUGUAGCGGACCACCUGAAAGACCAAGUUCGGGAACAUUUGAAUGGAAUGGAGACUAUGCAUAUAAAUCUAAAAUUACAUACACUUGUGGACCAUAUGGAAAGUUCCAAGGAAAAGAUGGGAAAGCGUAUAAAGAUUUUACUUCUGUUUGUGCCUGGAAUAAGACCUGGGUUCCUCAAGUGCUAGAUCAGUGUGUUGCUACUUCCUGUCAAGACAUUCCAAAGCCUCCUUCUAAGUCCCAGCUCGUAUACUCCCCAAACCCAGGGAGUAACUACUCCUUAAUGUCAGAAUUCUAUCAGUGGAAUCCUCACAUACCUUUCUCUAUAAAGAUACCAAACUCGUUUUGUGGAGCUUAUGAAGAAACCCUUCUUAUUGCCGGCAGAGUACUUCCCAAGAAAUCAACGAAGCCAAAAAUAAUCUUUUCUGAUGGAAAGCAGGAAAUAACUUAAACUAUAAUCAGGCUUUAAUGACUUCUAUUCUAAACAGAAGUUGGUCAACUAGUACAAUAAAAUAUAGUGUAGAUGAUUAAGCCUGAAUAUUAUGGAUAUUAUGCAGGAUGUUAAAAUUUUACCAAACUUUACUUUUUGAUCAAACCAUGUUAUAAAUACAAGGUUAUUACAUGUAAUCUUGAAAUUUGUUAUAGAUGAAAGGGUUGGUGGUCGAGAUGUCACCUGAGGAAGAUGUAAUCAGACGUUGGAUUGAAGUAGAUGGUAAUAUAGUAGGUUUUGAGGGGGAACCUGGAGAAGGUACUACUGUUGAUGCAGAUGAACCUUUUACUUUGAG